AUGUUUGGUUGCACCAACCUCUUUGGGCAGUCAUCUAGUAGCCCGUUUGGGCAGUCAUCUAGUAGCCCGUUUGGACAGUCACCUAGCAGCAGCCCUUUUGGGUCCCAAUCAGUUUUUGGGCAGAUUAAAAAUGCAAGUGGCAAUCCAUUUGCUCCUAAACCCUUCGGCAGUACAUCCCAUUUUGGUGGCAUUUCUACUGGCGUGUUUGGUGCAACCCAAUCUUCUUCGCCUUUAUCAUCGACACCAGUGUUUGGUGCUUCGUCUACCCCAGCUUUUGGAAGUUCAACGCCUGCUUUUGGAGCAACAUCAACUCCUGCCUUUGGUAGUUCGUCAUCAUCAUUUGGUGUGGAAUUUCUUGGAAUUCCACCAUUCAAAAUCCCUUGGGAGAACAAAUUUCAAGCCAGUUGGAGUGGAAUACAAGACACCCAUGACAUAAAGUUGACGGUGGAUUACAUCUUCCCAAAGGUAGCUGGUGGUACCAUUGAUGCCACAAACACCCCAGCCUUUGGUUCUACUGCAACCCCAGCAUUUGGUGCAAUCAGCAUUACAUUUUCUGUAUCUAGUUCCCCAGUAUUUGGAUCAAGCACUCCAGCAUUUGGUGCCUCUAGUACUUCUGUAUUUGGAUCAUCAAGCACUCCAGAAUUUGGUGCCUCAAGCACUCCGGCAUUUGGUGCCUCAACUAUUUCAGCUUUUGGUGGUUUGAGUACUCCUUCAUUUAGUUUUGGGUCCACUCCAGCAUUUGGCCAAUCGACUUCUGCAUUUGGAAGCAGUCCUUUUGGUGCACCUAGUCAACCUACUUUUGGUGCUUCAAGUACUCUGGCCUUUGGUUCAUCAAGCUCGUCAGCCUUUGGUGGCUCAAGUGCACCUGCCUUUGGUGCCACAAACACCUCAGCCUUUGGUUCUCCUGCAACCCCAGCAUUUGGUGCAACCAGCACUACAUUUUCUGUAUCUAGUUCCCCAGUAUUUGGAUCAAGCACUCUAGCAUUUGGUGCAUCUAGUACUUCUGUAUUUGGAUCAUCAAGCACUCCAGCAUUUGGUGCCUCAAGCACUCCGGCAUUUGGUGCCUCAACUACUUCAGCUUUUGGUGGCACAAGCGCACCUGCCUUUGUUGCCACAAACACCCCAGCAUUUGGUGCAACCAGCACUACAUUUUCUGUAUCUAGUUCCCCAGUAUUUGGAUCAAACACUCUAGCAUUUGGUGCCUCUAGUACUUCUGUAUUUGGAUCAUCAAGCACUCCAGAAUUUGGUGCCUCAAGCACUCUGGCAUUUGGUGCCUCAACUACUUCAGCUUUUGGUGGUUUGAGUACUCCUUCAUUUAGUUUUGGGUCCACUCCUGCAUUUGGCCAAUCAACUUCUGCAUUUGGAAGCAGUCCUUUUGGUGCACCUAGUCAACCUACUUUUGGUACUUCAAGUACUCCGGCCUUUGGUUCAUCAAGCUCGUCAGUCUUUGGUGGCACAAGCACACCUGCCUUUGGUGCCACAAACACCCCAGCCUUUGGUUCCACUGCAACCCCAGCAUUUGGUGCAACCAGCACUACAUUUUCUGUAUCUAGUUCCCCAGUAUUUGGAUCAAGCACUCCAACAUUUGGUGCCUCUAGUACUUCUGUAUUUGGAUCAUCAAGCACUCCAGCAUUUGGUGCCUCAAGCACUCCGGCAUUUGGUGCCUCAAGCACUCCGGCAUUUGGUGGCACAAGUGCACCUGCCUUUGGUGCCACAAACACCCCAGCCUUUGGUUCUACUGCAACCCCAGCAUUUGGUGCAACCAGCACUACAUUUUCUGUAUCUAGUUCCCCAGUAUUUGGAUCAAGCGCUCCAGCAUUUGGUGCCUCUAGUACUUCUGUAUUUGGAUCAUCAAGCACUCCGGCAUUUGGUGCCUCAACUACUUCAGCUUUUGCUGGUUUGAGUACUCCUUCAUUUAGUUUUGGGUCCACUCCUGCAUUUGGCCAAUCAACUUCUGCAUUUGGAAGCAGUCCUUUUGGUGCACCUAGUCAACCUACUUUUGGUACUUCAAGUACUCCGGCAUUUGGUUCAUCAAGCUCGUCAGUCUUUGGUGGCACAAGCACACCUGCCUUUGGUGCCACAAACACCCCAGCCUUUGGUUCCACUGCAAACCCAGCAUUUGGUGCAACCAGCACUACAUUUUCUGUAUCUAGUUCCCCAGUAGUUGGAUCAAGCACUCCAACAUUUGGUGCCUCUAGUACUUCUGUAUUUGGAUCAUCAAGCACUCCGGCAUUUGGUGCCUCAAGCACUCCGGCAUUUGGUGCCUCAAGCACUCCGGCAUUUGGUGCCUCAACUACUUCAGCUUUUGGUGGCACAAGCGCACCUGCCUUUGGUGCCACAAACACCCCAGCCUUUGGUUCUACUGCAACCCCUGCAUUUGGUGCAACCAGCACUACAUUUUCUGUAUCUAGUUCCCCAGUAUUUGGAUCAAGCGCUCCAGCAUUUGGUGCCUCUAGUACUUCUGUAUUUGGAUCAUCAAGCACUCCGGCAUUUGGUGCCUCAAGCACUCCGGCAUUUGGUGCCUCAACUACUUCAGCUUUUGCUGGUUUGAGUACUCCUUCAUUUAGUUUUGGGUCCACUCCUGCAUUUGGCCAAUCAACUUCUGCAUUUGGAAGCAGUCCUUUUGGUGCACCUAGUCAACCUACUUUUGGUACUUCAAGUACUCCGGCCUUUGGUUCAUCAAGCUCGUCAGUCUUUGGUGGCACAAGCACACCUGCCUUUGGUGCCACAAACACCCCAGCCUUUGGUUCCACUGCAACCCCAGCAUUUGGUGCAACCAGCACUACAUUUUCUGUAUCUAGUUCCCCAGUAUUUGGAUCAAGCACUCCAACAUUUGGUGCCUCUAGUACUUCUGUAUUUGGAUCAUCAAGCACUCCAGCAUUUGGUGCCUCAAGCACUCCGGCAUUUGGUGCCUCAAGCACUCCGGCAUUUGGUGGCACAAGUGCACCUGCCUUUGGUGCCACAAACACCCCAGCCUUUGGUUCUACUGCAACCCCAGCAUUUGGUGCAACCAGCACUACAUUUUCUGUAUCUAGUUCCCCAGUAUUUGGAUCAAGCGCUCCAGCAUUUGGUGCCUCUAGUACUUCUGUAUUUGGAUCAUCAAGCACUCCGGCAUUUGGUGCCUCAACUACUUCAGCUUUUGCUGGUUUGAGUACUCCUUCAUUUAGUUUUGGGUCCACUCCUGCAUUUGGCCAAUCAACUUCUGCAUUUGGAAGCAGUCCUUUUGGUGCACCUAGUCAACCUACUUUUGGUACUUCAAGUACUCCGGCAUUUGGUUCAUCAAGCUCGUCAGUCUUUGGUGGCACAAGCACACCUGCCUUUGGUGCCACAAACACCCCAGCCUUUGGUUCCACUGCAAACCCAGCAUUUGGUGCAACCAGCACUACAUUUUCUGUAUCUAGUUCCCCAGUAGUUGGAUCAAGCACUCCAACAUUUGGUGCCUCUAGUACUUCUGUAUUUGGAUCAUCAAGCACUCCGGCAUUUGGUGCCUCAAGCACUCCGGCAUUUGGUGCCUCAAGCACUCCGGCAUUUGGUGCCUCAACUACUUCAGCUUUUGGUGGCACAAGCGCACCUGCCUUUGGUGCCACAAACACCCCAGCCUUUGGUUCUACUGCAACCCCUGCAUUUGGUGCAACCAGCACUACAUUUUCUGUAUCUAGUUCCCCAGUAUUUGGAUCAAGCGCUCCAGCAUUUGGUGCCUCUAGUACUUCUGUAUUUGGAUCAUCAAGCACUCCGGCAUUUGGUGCCUCAAGCACUCCGGCAUUUGGUGCCUCAACUACUUCAGCUUUUGCUGGUUUGAGUACUCCUUCAUUUAGUUUUGGGUCCACUCCUGCAUUUGGCCAAUCAACUUCUGCAUUUGGAAGCAGUCCUUUUGGUGCACCUAGUCAACCUACUUUUGGUACUUCAAGUACUCCGGCCUUUGGUUCAUCAAGCUCGUCAGUCUUUGGUGGCACAAGCACACCUGCCUUUGGUGCCACAAACACCCCAGCCUUUGGUUCCACUGCAACCCCAGCAUUUGGUGCAACCAGCACUACAUUUUCUGUAUCUAGUUCCCCAGUAUUUGGAUCAAGCACUCCAACAUUUGGUGCCUCUAGUACUUCUGUAUUUGGAUCAUCAAGCACUCCAGCAUUUGGUGCCUCAAGCACUCCGGCAUUUGGUGCCUCAAGCACUCCGGCAUUUGGUGGCACAAGUGCACCUGCCUUUGGUGCCACAAACACCCCAGCCUUUGGUUCUACUGCAACCCCAGCAUUUGGUGCAACCAGCACUACAUUUUCUGUAUCUAGUUCCCCAGUAUUUGGAUCAAGCGCUCCAGCAUUUGGUGCCUCUAGUACUUCUGUAUUUGGAUCAUCAAGCACUCCGGCAUUUGGUGCCUCAACUACUUCAGCUUUUGCUGGUUUGAGUACUCCUUCAUUUAGUUUUGGGUCCACUCCUGCAUUUGGCCAAUCAACUUCUGCAUUUGGAAGCAGUCCUUUUGGUGCACCUAGUCAACCGACUUUUGGUGCUUCAAGUACUCCGGUCUUUGGUUCAUCGAGCUUGUCAGCCUUUGGUGGCACAAGCGCACCUGCCUUUGGUGACACAAACACUCCAGCCUUUGGUUCUACUGCAACCCUAGCAUUUGGUGCAACCAUCACUACAUUUUCUAUAUCUAGUUCCCCAGUAUUUGGAUCAAGCACUCCAGCAUUUGGUGCCUCUAGUACUUCUGUAUUUGGAUCAUCAAGCACUCCAGCAUUUGGUGCCUCAAGCACUCCGGCAUUUGGUGCGUCAACUACUUCAGCUUUUGGUGGCACAAGCGUACCUGCCUUUGGUGCCACAAACACCCCAGCCUUUGGUUCUACUGCAACCCCAGCAUUUGGUGCAACCAGCACUACAUUUUCUGUAUCUAGUUCCCCAGUAUUUGGAUCAAGCACUCCAGCAUUUGGUGCCUCAAGCACUCCGGCAUUUGGUGCCUCAACUACUUCAACUUUUGGUGGUUUGAGUACUCCUUCAUUUAGUUUUGGGUCCACUUCAGCAUUUGGCCAAUCAACUUCUGCAUUUGGAAGCAAUCCAUUUGGUACAACUAAAUCGCCCUUUGGAGUUCAGAGUGCUCCAUUUGGAGCCCAGGCUACAACACCAACAUAUGGGAGCUCUGGUUUUGGACAGUCAGCUUUUGGAGGCCACCGAGGGGGAAGUAGAGUGGCUCCCUACACGCCAACACUUGAGUUAGAUAGUGGCACAGGUACACAGCCUGGUGGAAAGCUGGAGUCAAUAGCAGCUAUGCCUAUUUAUGAGGAUAAAAGCCAUGAAGAACUCAGAUGGGAGGACUAUCAAUUGGGUGAUAAAGGAGGGCCAAGUCCUGCUGGUCAGUCUGCUGAUGCAAUUGGAUUUGGCGCUUCUAGCACAUAGUCAAGUCCAUUUGCUUCGUCGUCAACAUUUGGUCAGAUAUCUGCAAAUCCCUUUUCAUCCUCAACAUCUUCCAACCCUUUUGCUGUGACACCCCAAAAUUCGGGUGUCUGUAAUUAUCUUGUUGAUCACCCGUUAACCUGCGGAAUAUCCGUAGAUAUCGUGUGACUCAAUACCUCGCCGUUAUGUCCUAUUUACCAGAAUCUAUAACUUAACAAAAUUAGGGUAGAAUUUCCUUUGUACGGGGAACUCUACUCAAAACACAACUAGUGCAAUCAUACAACAUUGAUCACACUGGGUCUAUAUAUCUAUACUCAUAAUAACAUGCAAUUUUACAUUAAAAACAGUCCAUAUGAAUUCGAUUACAAUCCUUUACAUACAUUACGUGCUCAAAAACUAAUUGACAUCUUAGUUUUACGAAAGCAUAGUUUAAAAGUCAUAUAUCGGCUUUUCUUCAUCAAUGAGAGCCCGAAUGAGAGCCGUCCACCGGCGCAUGUCCCGCACCUGAAAUAUUGUCCCCAUAAAGGGUGAGCCACGCUCAAUAGGGUAUCUCCUAC